AUGUCAUACAUCAUGGAAAUAUUGCCAGUAGCACUAGUCUUCUUCCUGGCCACAAUUGUAUCAACCACCCAAGGUUAUGAGCCAGUUCUAACCCACCAUAUCCAUCUCCUCACGCCAAAAACCGGUGGAGCCAGAGGCAGCGUCCCCGGCUUGUCUUGCCUGAGUUGGCGGUUGGCGGUGGAAACUAACAACAUUAUUAACUGGAAGACUGUUCCAGCAGAAUGUGAAGGGUAUGUAGGGCACUACAUGCUUGGCCACCAGUACAGAAAAGACUCAAAAGUGGUCACUAAUGGGGCUUGGCUCUAUGCUAAGAGUCUCGAUCUUACAAAGGAUGGCAAGAAUGUGUGGGUGUUUGAUAUUGAUGAAACUACACUCUCUAAUCUACCUUAUUAUGCUGUUAAUGGAUUUGGGACUGAGUUAUACAAUUCCACUUCAUUUAAUGAAUGGGUCUUAAAAGGCACGGCCCCAGCUUUGCCUGAGAGUCUCAAGCUCUACCAAAAGCUUUUGACACUUGGAGUCAAGGUUGUGUUCUUAACAGGAAGAGGAGAAGGUCAAAGAAAUGUCACAACCACCAAUCUCAAAAAUGUCGGAUAUCACACUUGGGAGAAGCUUAUACUCAAGGGGUCUGCUUAUACCGGGAAGACAUCGUAUGUGUAUAAAUCAGCAGAGAGAACUAAACUUGUGAAGAGUGGAUUUAGAAUAAUUGGAAAUGCAGGUGAUCAAUGGAGCGAUAUCUUGGGGACAAAUGUUGGCAAUCGGACCUUCAAGGUGCCUGAUCCAAUGAAAGACUCAAAGGUGGUCACUAAUGAGGCUUGGCUCUAUGCUAAGAGUCUCAAUCUUACAAACGAUGGCAAGAAUGUGUGGGUGUUUGAUAUAGAUGAGACUACGCUCUCUAAUCUACCUUAUUAUGCUGAUCAUGGAUUUGGGACGGAGUUAUACAAUUCCACUGCAUUCAAUACAUGGGUCUUAGAAGGCACAGCCCCAGCUUUGCCUGAGAGUCUCAAGCUCUACAAAAAGCUUUUGAAACUUGGAGUCAAGAUUGUAUUCAUAACAGGAAGAGGAGAAGAUCAAAGAAAUGUCACAACCACCAAUCUCAAGAAUGUCGGAUAUCACACUUGGGAGAAGCUUGUGCUCAAGGGAUCGACUUAUUCUGGCAACACAUCAUAUGUGCACAAAUCAGCAGAGAGAACUAAGCUUGUGAAGAGUGGAUUUAGAAUAAUUGGGAAUAUUGGUGAUCAAUGGAGUGAUAUCUUAGGGACAAAUGUCGGCAAUCGGACCUUCAAGUUACCUGAUCCAAUGUAUUACAUUAGUUGA